GUUGCUGUAACUUGCCUUCCCUCCAGAAGGAAGCAGUAGCGACUCCGCCAGAGAGAAAGAAGGAGAAAGCAGGGAAUCAUAGAGAAGAGAAGGAAGUCUGAAGGGUUACUCUAGUGUAGGAGUUCGAUAACCGCAGCGUGCUGGGAUUCCUUUUGGAAAGCCUGCAAGGUGCUAAAGUAUUCAAAAUGGAAGCAAAGAAAGCAAAUAUAUUUUCUCCAAAUUCUCCGGGACAAAAUGUGAACCCUGAUCUCGACAUUGAACGGAAAAAUAUCUCUUUCCCCAUUGAACAUCUUACUAAUAUACUGGACAGCGGAGCAAACAACACCAAGCUCCGGAGGGAAGUUGAGGCUGUGCUUGAGGCUGAUCCAGAGUUUAGCCAAGAAAACCAGUAUUUCCAGAACCAGAAUGAAAGAUAUGAAAGUGCAAUCCGAAAAUCUGUUUACCUCUCACAAAAGAUGGCUAAAAUGGGAUGGAUUGAAGAUAGCCCAGAACAGAACUACUGCUUUAAGUUUCUUAGUGACGAUUUGGCAUUUGGCCUACAUAUAAUCUUUAUGAAGAGCAUUUUGGCUUUAGGCACCGAUGAACAGAUUGACAAAUGGAUUCCUUUAGCAAAAAAGAAUUUCAUCCUAGGGACCUACGCCCAGACUGAAUUGGGACAUGGAUCUAAUCUUCGAGGCUUGGAGACCACGGCCACAUUUGACGUAGCCACUCAGGAGUUUAUCCUAAACACACCAACCCUCUCUGCCAUGAAAUGGUGGCCAGGAGACCUGGGCCGGACUGCAAGUCAUGCUGUGGUUUUUGCUCAACUUUAUCUGAAAGGACGUUGUUAUGGCAUGCAUCCAUUCAUCGUACAAAUCCGCAGUCUCAGGGACCAUUCUCCAUGUCAAGGAAUAACUUUAGGGGAUAUAGGUCCCAAAAUGGGCUUUGAUAAUGUUGACAAUGGCUUUCUCAUCCUGAAGAACGUCCAUGUUCCAAGAGAAAACAUGCUGGCCAAAUUCUCUCAGGUUCUACCAGAUGGUCAGUAUAAGAAACAAGGAUCUGAGAAAAUCAACUAUUUGACUAUGGUUGUGAUUCGGGUGACCAUCCUUCGGGGUUCAAUUGUUCCCUGUCUGAUGAAGGCUUGUACUAUUGCUAUCCGAUACUCUGUGGUGCGGCGGCAAUCUGAGUUAAAGCCAGGUGAUCCAGAAGCUAAGAUUUUGGACUAUCAGACCCAGCAGCAGAAGUUAUUUCCUCAGCUGGCCACUGCCUAUGCCUUUCACUUUAGUUCUGCCUAUCUGGAGAAGACUUUCGAAAAAUGCUACAACCAGACCAAAGAAGGAAAAUUUGACUUGCUUCCAGAGCUUCAUGCCCUGGCAGCAGGCCUAAAAGUGAUCACUACCGAGUAUUGCUCAGCUGGAGUGGAAGUGUGUCGAAGGGCUUGCGGGGGACACGGCUACUCUCUUCUCAGUGGCCUGCCUUCUAUUUAUACGAAAGUGAUCCCGUCGUGUACUUAUGAGGGAGAAAACACUAUCCUCCUCCUGCAAACAGCCAGAUUUCUUAUAAAAUGCUAUGGAAUGGCACAAAUGGGCCAGCCACUUCCUUCAUCAGUUGCCUACUUUUCUUCGGUGGUUUUUGGAAAAUGUCAAGCCCAGGGAAAAAAUGAUUUCUUAAAUCCUGAUAUUUACACAGAUGCCUAUAAGCAUCGAGCCCUCAGGUUUAUAAGAAAUGCAGCGAUGAAGCUUCAGCAGUUGGUUCAGGCAGGAAAAACACAACAUGAAGCCUGGAACCAGUGCACUGUGCAACUAGCAAGAGCUGCAAUGGCUCAUUGCCAUUACAUCGUGAUACAAAAAUUUGCUGAAGAGUUGGGGAAACAUGCAAAAGGAUCUGCUAUCGGGAGGAUUCUCAAAAAUCUCUGUGAUCUCUUUGCACUACAUGGGAUUUUCUCUAAUGCAGGAGAUUUUAUGCAGGAUGCCUAUUUUUCUACAGAGCAAAUUGACAGGGUGACUGAAACUUACCUAGACCUCUUAGCAGUCAUUCGGAGAGAUGCAGUGCCACUGGUGGAUGCUUUUGACUUUUCUGAUGCACUUUUAAAUUCAGCCCUGGGAAGCUAUGAUGGCCAUGUCUAUCAGAGGCUUUAUGAGUGGGCCAAGAAGUCACCAACCAAUCACCAGGGUGAUCGGGUCUUCAAGACAUACUUAAAGCCACUUUUCCAGAACGCUCUCUCCAAGCUUUGAAGAGGAGUCUGGCAUGGGAAAACUCUUUUCCAAACUGCCUUCCAAGCAACACUAUGUUUUCCUUAAUAAGCACAUGAAAUGUAAUUGCAGACUGCCUUUAAG